AUUCAGGGCACAUACUCAGAUAAAGACUUUCAUUCAGGCCGAUUAGGGCACCACGCCGUCGGCUGCGACGCUCGAGGUGUCGAGGACCCGCCCACAGAUCAAAAUCCACUUCGCUCGCUUGAAAGGAUCCGUAGCUCUCUCUCCGGGAAUCUCCUUUUCAGGAUCUGAGAUAGUAUUACUACCAGGGUUCGUAGAAGAGGCAAGUGGAAGAUGACGGAGCCCUCCAAAGUUAUUCACGUUCGCAAUGUCGGGCAAGAGAUUUCCGAGAAUGACCUGCUUCAAUUGUUGCAACCGUUUGGCGUGGUUACUAAGCUUGUGAUGUUACGCGCCAAAAACCAGGCGCUUCUCCAAAUGUAUGAUAUAUCUUCUGCUGCUAGCGCACUUCAAUACUACUCAAAUGUCCAACCCAGUGUCAGGGGCAGAAAUGUUUAUAUGCAGUUUUCUUCUCAUCAGGAACUAACAACUGUUGAUCAAGGUUCACAAGGACGAAAAGACCAGGAUUUGGAUCCCAAUCGAAUCCUGUUAGCUACAAUUCAUCACAUGCUCUACCCUAUAACAGUGGAAGUUCUGCAUCAAGUUUUUUCUCCUCAUGGUUUUGUGGAGAAGAUCGUCACAUUUCAGAAGUCAGCUGGAUUUCAAGCUCUCAUUCAGUAUCAAUCACUCCAAUGCGCUGUUCUGGCAAGAAACACUCUGCAAGGACGCAAUAUAUAUGAUGGCUGCUGUCAAUUAGAUAUACAGUAUUCCAACCUUAAUGAGCUGCAGGUUAAUUAUAACAAUGAUAGAUCAAGAGAUUUCACAAAUCCAUCACUACCUUCUGAACAACGGGGUAGAUCAUCACAACUUGGGUAUGGUGAUGCUGGAGGCCUUUACGCACUUCAUCCAUCUGGAGGCAGAGCGGUUACAAUGGCUCAGAUGAACAAUGCUGCGGCAGUUGCAGCUGCUUUUGGUAGUGGUCUGCCUCCCGGUAUAAGUGGUAGUAAUGACAGGUGCACCAUACUUGUCUCUAACCUCAAUACUGAUAAAGUCGAUGAGGACAAACUUUUCAACUUGUUUUCCAUGUAUGGUAACAUUGUAAGAAUCAAAUUACUUCACAACAAACCAGAUCACGCUCUCGUUGAGAUGGGGGAUGGUUUUCAAGCUGAACUAGCCGUGCACUUUCUGAAGGGCGCAAUGUUAUUUGGUAAAAAGCUUGAGGUGAAUUACUCCAAGUACUCAAACAUUACCCCUGCCCAGGAUGCCCAUGAUUAUGGUGGAUCAAGCCUUAACCGCUUCAACCGCAACGCAGUGAAGAACUACCGCUACUGCUGUGCCCCAACUAAAAUGAUUCACAUAUCCACUCUUCCACAAGAUAUCACUGAAGAUGAGCUCAUCUCUCAUCUGGAAGAACAUGGAACCAUUGUGAGCACCAAAAUAUUUGAGGUGAAUGGUAAGAAGCAAGCCUUAAUCCUGUUUGAAGAUGAGGAGCAAGCCACCGAGGCCCUUGUUUGCAAGCAUGCUUGCAACAUUGAUGGGAACACCAUUCGGAUUUCUUUCUCCCAGUUGCAGAGUAUCUAGAAGAUUCCAGUAUAUAGUGUUUUUCAUGGAGGAGGACUAUAUGUAUGUUCUGCUUGUAAUUCUUAAAGAUUGCUAGCAAAUGGUUAAUGAUUUCCUUUUGCAGUUGUUUUGGAUGCUUGUUUCUGUUGCAGUUAUGUAAGAUUUGUUUUGAUGAGGAUGUUCACUUAGAAUUGUUAGUUUAAUGCAGACUAUUGGGAUUGUAUUAUAAUCAUGCAGACUUUAUGGUUUAAUACUUUGCCUGUGCUAUUGGAUUUCUGUUUA